AUAUUUUGAGCAUUUCUUAGUACUUGAGUUUUACCCUUACAACCCUUUGAUGAGUAAAGACUAGCCUAGUACAAGAUGGAGGCAGACCACGGCUUCUCGUUUCUCUUGCCUGGUUCGUCCUCUUCUCGUGAGGACGACACGCCAAGACCAAGGCCCAUGGAAAUAGACGCAGAAACUUCUCCUUUAUUAGACGCAGAAAAUUCUCCUUCACCCGAUCCUUCUUCUGCGAGUUCAAGUAUGACUUUAACUGGUAGCGUGGGUAGAAGUGUGGAUGUUGAUACUCGUCCAGCCAGUGUUGUUGGUGCAGUAAGGGGAAUUCCAUCUAGCUCUUCUAGCAGACAGCUUUCGCCGCCACUCAGAGCGCGAUUGGAGGGUGCGGAGAAGCGUUUGCGUACUGCGGAAGAUAGUGUCAGGAGAGCUGGAGAGCAAAUGCGUGUGGCAAAUAACGAAUUACGAGCAGCCCAAGAAAGCCUGAGCCAAGAGUUGAGAGCCGAAGUGUUGGGGCUGUUUUUUGCGACUCCUGAUAAAAUCGUGGCUGCCGAGGCGGAAAUGGAUCCAUCUACGGUCUCUCCAGGAGUCGAGACGACUUUCUUAUUCGCGCCUUCGCAACGGAGUAGGAAUAGUAAAGCUGGAGAGGAUGGCAAUGUUGGAAAUGUUGGAGCGAAGGAGGAUGAGCAGAACAAGGCGCUUAACAUUGCCAACAAUUUCAAUGUCAAAGAUGAGCUACAAGAUGAUGUAGAAUUGCCGUCGCCGUCCGGAGAACCGUAUCUGGUCUUGAAAAGUAUCAGGCUUUUCGAGAACAGUCAAUCUCAGCGGCCCCAAGAGUAUCUUACGACGUUGGGCACAGGUUCAGGCGCUGGGAAGCCUAGUAACAUGAUCCCAGUAGACGACGACCAAGUAUCCUGGGUCAGUCGUCGCAGCUCUCUUGCUGGCAUGUCCGCAGCUGGCAUGUCCGCCAUCUCUGUUUCCUCGGCUUCUGGUCAAAUGACAGUACUGCCCGACGACUUACUUGGCUAUACGUUGACGUUUCUGCAGCCUUGGGCCGACGGCAUGUUUUUGGUAAGUAAGCGGUUUUUACAAGUCAUGCGAGACACGAUACCAUGUGAAAGGAUCACGCCACCAGUAUUGCCAUGCUCAGUGCAUUUAGAAUGCGACGUUUUGAAGCGCGAAAAGCUUAUGGGCAGAUGUAUCUACAACGUGAGUCAGCAGCUUUGGAGUUUGCCACUGAACAUGCAGAGGUACGAGUGGGUGCCUGGCAUGUACUGUAAGGCGCGUGAAGACUGGCAAGUGAAAAACAGUACGCCUUUGUGGAAGAAAAUAUUGAAACGUAUUGCCUUUUUUUGGAUUCUUGAACUUCUAGACAACGGAUUCAUGGUCGUACUUGUUCUCCACCUCAAUCUUCCAAGAUGCAGAUGCAGAAGUGAAAAAAUGCCAGCUGUUGUCCUAUAGAAGUGAGCCCACUUCUCUUUUUUUUGUCUCAGGUCUACCUGAAUAUAGAAUUGCUUCUCUUGUUUCCUGGCAGAAAGAUCUUUUUCCAUCUUCCUUCCAUCACACCCCUUCCUUGAAACCACAGAUAUGAAGGAUCGCGAGAAUUCGAACCGAUCGCCGGAUUGUCCGCAUUACUGUGAAGUCAAGCAAGCAGAAGUCUCUGUUGUGAAAGGCUACGUCAGCGACUCGGAGACUCGCGCGUUUGUCCGAAUGGCGCAAGAGUUAGGACAUAGACUGGAGUUACUGCCGGAAAGGAGACGGUUUUAGGGUAAGGAGACCGUCGGUUUACAAAACGAUUAUGGGGCCGAAGACUCUUAAACACGUAGGGCUCAGGGUUAGGGGUUCAUAGAGACGAAUAAGAACAAGUACGGAAGGGACACCCACCGCACGGCAGUUUGCUGCGGUUGAAGUCAAAAAAUGUAGAUCUUGGCUCUGUAUAUUUUGUAUGUUGUUGUAAGCAUUACACUGGAUUUGAAUUGCGCACCACAUAGAAAUGGCGUGGUAGAACGACAGUACUAUUAUUUUUUUAUUCAAUGAUAUUAUUUAUUUUGAACUAUGUAUUUUUGGCCUUCAAAAAUAGCCAAGAUAUUACAUCGAGACCAACUAGCAGUAGUACUUGUAGAAGAUAAGGUACUUCUACAAGGUCAUAUCAUCAUAGGUACCUUAUCAACUUUAUGGUAAUAAGGUACCUAUGAUGAUAUGACCUUCAUUCAUUGAUUUCAUCAGAGAAUGGCAGGCUUCGGCCUAUACGUCUUUCCUGAGCUUACGCAUACUAGUGGAAGAGUAAGAGGUGUACCCAAGUCUGUUUGGAGAGGAGGUCGAGGACCUCUUCUACUAUUCUUGGUGAUGAGAAAGAAACAGGAGUAUGUGGUAUAGCUGCACCAGUCAAGAUUUUCACAGGAAGUAGCAUCUCCUCCGCCGAAAAAAAUCCCUCCAACUUCAACUUGCUUUCAUCACUAAGAACCAGUGGAAGAGUAAGAGGUGUACUUCUUCCUGGUCACGGGUGUACUCGUCCUCAUGAAAUUAGGUAGAUUUUAAGUAGAAAAGUAGCUAACAUUCUGAGUCUGAGGAAAGGAAGGUACUAGUCUCUCAAUCUCUACUAUGUAGAAAUAGAGACGGAAGGUACUAGUCUCUCAGAAAAGUAGCUAACAAUCUGAGUAUGCGUACACUUUUUCCUUUCGUAGGAAGGUGUAGAAAUAGAGACGGAAGGUACUAGUCUCUCAGAAAAGUAGCUAACAUUCUGAGUAUGAGUCCACUUCUUCCUUUCAUACUAUGUAGAAAUAGAUGUCUCUACUCUGUAGCCACGUGGUGAUAAUUUUUGAAAUAAGCUCAAUAAACAAAAGAAUAAGCUUCAUCUCACCAAUGAUUGAGGAUAAUCAUGUGAGGCGCACACAUGACAGCACGAAAUAAGCAUUAGCAAGAUUCUUUGUCGCCGUGAGCGCGACACGUGUGAGGCGAUAGGUUCGCGCGCGAACAUAAUGAUGAUAACUGGACUACAAAAUGAAAUUUGACAUAUCUCUGUUUGGCAAAUAUGGGUGAUGCUGUGCCGUCCUUCC